GAUGUCCUCUCAGGUCAGACUGAGGCUGCUGCCAAGCUCCAGAUGUUUGUUUGAUGAUCCCAUUCAGGUGAAGGUGGCCGGGCUGAAGUCCAGACAGGUGGUCACCGUGAGAGCCAGAUCCACUGACGACAGGGGGAUGGUCUUCAGCUCCUUGGGGACCUAUAGAGCUGAUGGAAAUGGAGAGAUCGACGUGGAUAAAGACCCCUCACUCAGCGGGAGCUACAUCGGGGUGGAGCCCAUGGGUCUGCUGUGGUCCAUGAAGCCAGAUAUUUUGCACAAAAUGUUUCAAAAAACUAAUUAUCUUAAUCCCCAUGUGGUGAGGUUUUCUGUGCAUGAAGAAGAAGGAGAGGGCAGGAUGUUAGCAGAGGCGACCAAUGAGAGACUUCUGAUUGGAGACGGGGUCAGCAGGAUCCCUGUUAAAGAGGGGAACAUUCGGGGAGUCCUGUUUACUCCCCCAGGUUGGUCUACAUCAAUUAUUUCAUAGUUAAAUCAAUCAAUCAAUUACUUAUCUAUUUCAUUAUUAACAAACACAUGUCUUAGUU